UCGAAGGGCCUUGGCGGCGGUGGCUGGCGGGAAGAGGAGCUUUCAAAGAGGCGCUUGGGAGCUGGUGGAGUUUGACGGCGGCGGCGGCUCCCCGGCCUUGCGCGAUGAAGCUCCAGUGUGAUGUAGAAUUGGUUAACCGCCACCUUCCCACCUUUGGCCUGAGGGGCAGGGGCAAAGGCACAAGGGCAGUGCUGUCCUUGGGCCGGCCCUCAGACAAGACGCUGCCCCAGUCCCAGGCUGGGGCCGCCCAUCUGAUCAUCCACACUCUAAAGGACAAGACUGGGAGCAGGUACAAGCUAAAGGAAAAUAUUGAGCAGUUUUUUACUAAAUUUGUGGAAGAAGGGAAAGCCACUGUUCGCUUAAAGGAACCUGCCGUGGAUGUCUGUCUCAGUAAGGCCAAUUCCAGCAACUUAAAGAAUUUCUUGUCUGCUGUGAGGCUGGCUCACCAAGGCUGUGCUGUUGAAACAUUACCACUAUUAACUCUAGCACCAUUGAAGACUUCGGAAGUUGAAAAACCCAAAACUAAAAUGGUCAUUACAUCCGAAAAAAAUUAUCCCUUAACUAAGAAUUUCCCUUAUUCCUUAGAACAUCUUCAGGCCUCCUAUUGUAGACUUACCCGAAUUGAUAUGCGAAUACUUUGCCUCAAAAAACUUAAGAAAUUAGACUUGAGUCACAACCACAUAAAAAAACUACCAGCAACAAUUGGAGAUCUUGUCAACCUUCAAGAGCUUAACCUAAAUGACAAUCAUUUGGAGACAUUCAGUGAAGUGUUAUGUUCUUCCACACUCCAGAAGUCUCUUCAGAGUUUGGACCUCAGCCAGAACAAAAUUAAAGCUCUCCCUCUGCAAUUUUGUCAACUACAGGAACUCGUAUAUUUGAAACUUGAUGACAAUGAAUUGAUAAGUUUCCCAUUCAAGAUAGGCCAACUGAGUAACCUGCGAUUUUUGUCAGCUGCUCGAAACAAGCUUCCAUUUUUGCCCAAUGAUUUUAAAGAAUUAUCCCUUGAAUACUUGGAUCUUUUUGGGAAUGCUUUUGAACAACCUAAUCUGCUAGUUCCUAAUAUACAUCUGACAGUACCAUUAACUUUAUUAGAAAUUUCUGCACGGGCAAUAUCAGAUUAUAGAAUUCCCUAUGCUCCUCAUAUCAUUCCUUUUCAUCUUUGUCGAGAUUUGGAUACAUCAAAAUCCUGUGACUGUGGAAAAUCCUGUCUAAGCUCUUUUAUUCAAGCAACUGUUACUAUGAAUCUACACUAUGUUGCCCACACUGUGGUUCUAGUAGAUAAUAUGGGCGGCACUGAAGCACCCAUUCUCUGUUACUUUUGUUCAUUAACAUGUUACUCUCAAUUCUUGGAUCGAUCAACAAAAAGUAAUAGAUAAUAGGCUCAUAAAAUUUCAUCCAGUUAUGAAUUUAGAGUUUAAAUCGUAAUUUUAUACUACUUUGUAGGAAUUCAGUUCUAAAUUGUAACAUAUCACAAAUAAAUUUACCAAUAUCAAAUUGAAAAAAACAAAAGAAUGUAUUUUUGUAAUUUUGAAGAAAAUGUCUAAUUUGGCUUUUAUAAUGCUAUUAACUUUAUCCAAAAGCCUAAUAUCUUGUCAUUUUGAGUUGGUUGAUCCCAUCUAUAGCAGUUUGAACCCGUGUGCCCCAUGUAUCAAUCUUUACUUUCUUAGACUUUGUUGGUUUCUGUCACAAUUUUUGCGUAUACAGCAAAACACAGUACUACAUGAGUUCUAAAUGCAGUGAAAAUUUGUUAACAAAAUGUUAAAUGAAGCACACUACAUAAAGAAUUCUAAAUGUGUCUAUUUGUAAGUAAAUUUUCGGGAAUGUUAUUGAAUGUGUGAUGGCCAAGUGUGAAGUAGGAAAGACUGUUAUAGUUUCAUUCAAAACCCCUACUAUGUUUUAUUACAUUGAUUCACCCUCAGUCAGUUUCACAUUAAUUUUAUUCUUAUCAUGAUUCCUAAACUUUAGAUAUUUAUUUUUUACUUUGUAGAAUAAUUUGAUAUGAGGAAUAGAAUUAGAGUUAUUUUCAAACCUUUGUAACUUUGAAAUAAAUAUCUAAUUUGGUUUUGUAGUUAAUUUAAGUUUAGUAUCCUAAACAUCCUGGGUUUAAAUAUGUUUAGCUCUUUCCAGGAUGAAUAGAGUGAAGGCAUUGUAAUGUGGUAGAAAUAGGACUAAUUCUGUGGAAAUACUGCUUGCAUGCCCACUCUGCUACCCUUUCUUCUGAAGUCAGCUGUGCAGCAAAAUACUAAAUUUUUACACAUACCAUUAAGUUGGUUUAAUGUGAUUUCCUGGGAAUAAACAUUUUCAGUUUUAUCUUA